AUGUCUACAAUGAAGGCAACCCAUGGCCACAGCCAGGCCUGCUGCAACAUCCCACCUGUUGUCUCAUCGGGCUAUGUUCCCAAGGGCUUGUAUGAGGAACUCGGCGGAAUGAAAACAUAUGUAACCGGUCCAGAGGAAGCCACUAGAGGGAUUGUCUCUGUCUUCGACAUCUUUGGGUACUUUGAUCAGACUCUUCAGGGUGCAGAUAUCCUCGCAACCGGUGAUCAACACCAGAAGUAUAAGGUGUUUAUGCCUGACUGGUUCCACGGCAGCCCGUGUCCGAUAGAAUGGUACCCUCCCAACACCCAACAGAAGCAGAAGCAAUUAGGUGAGUGGUUCGGUAGAAACAUGCCACACGGUGUUGCAGCUGCAUUGCCUAGUUACAUUGCCGCGCUCAAGGCUGCGAAUCCCUCUAUCAAAUCAUGGGGACUUAUCGGGUACUGUUGGGGAGGCAAAGUGACUGAGCUCGUGACUGCUAGCGAAGACAACCCAUUCAAAAUCGCUGCUGCUUGCCACCCGGCCAUGGUUGAUCCCUCCGCUGCAGAGAAAAUCCCAGUGCCGUACAUUCUACUUUCAUCCGGAGAAGAGUCAGCUGAAGAUGUGAAGAAAUUUGAAACCAACCUGAAAGUACCCAGUCAUGUAGAGAUCUUCGGGGAUCAAGUCCAUGGUUGGAUGGCUGCGCGUGCUGAUCUAGAUAAUCCCCGUGUUCAGGCGGAGUAUAGUCGGGGCUACCAGACUGUGCUGGAAUUCUUUGGAAAGCACUGGGAUUAG